AUGCCAGCGGUCAAGAAGGAGCUCCCAGGCCGCGAAGACCUGGCCCUGGCUCUGGCCACCUUCCAUCCGACCCUGGCCGCACUACCACUGCCGCCGCUCCCAGGCUACCUGACACCACUGCCAGCUGCGGCCGCCCUGCCCCCGGCCGCCUCGCUACCCGCCGCGACCGCUGGCUACGAGGCGCUGUUGGCUCCACCACUCCGCUCCCCGCGCGCCUACCUGGGCCUGCACGAGGCCGCCCCGCACCUCCACCUGCCCCGGGACCCUCUGGCCCUCGAACGCUUCUCAGCCACUGCGGCCGCAGCACCGGAUUUCCAGCCGCUGCUGGACAACGGCGAGCCGUGCAUCGAGGUGGAGUGCGGCGCCAACCGCGCGCUGCUCUACGUGCGCAAACUCUGCCAAGGCAGCAAGGGUCCGUCCAUCCGCCACCGCGGGGAGUGGCUCACACCCAACGAGUUCCAGUUCGUCAGCGGCCGAGAGACGGCCAAGGACUGGAAGCGCAGCAUCCGCCACAAAGGAAAAAGUCUGAAGACGCUUAUGUCCAAGGGGAUUCUGCAGGUGCACCCUCCGAUCUGCGACUGUCCGGGCUGUCGAAUAUCCUCCCCGGUGAACCGGGGGCGGCUGGCAGACAAGAGGACAGUUGCCCUCCCCACUGCACGGGUCCUAAAGAAGGAGCUGACCCCCAGCUUCUCGUCCAGUGAUGGUGACAGCGAUGGGAGUGGCCCAGCCUGUGGGCGGCAACCAGGCUUGAAACAGGAGGACACCCCACAUGUCCCUAUCAUGAAGAGAAGAGUCCACACCCACUGGGACGUGAACAUCUCCUUCCGAGAGACGUCCUGCAGCCAGGACAGCGACCUGCCCACCCUCAUAUCCAGUGUCCACCGAAGCCGCCACCUCGUUAUGCCCGAGCAUCAGGGCCGCUGUGAAUUCCAGGGAGGUGGUGUGGAGAUAGGCCUGGGAGCCUCAGGUGACCUGUUGGGCAAGAGGCUAGGCCGCUCCCCCCACAUCAGCAGUGACUGCCCAUUGGAGAAAAAGGCACGAAGCAAGUCGCCCCAAGCAGAGACUCUGUUGCUGCCAGAACUAGGGCCCAGCAUGGCCCCUGAGGAUCACUACCGCCGGCUUGUGUCUGCCCUGAGUGAGGCCAGCACCUUUGAGGACCCCCAGCGUCUCUACCACCUGGGCCUCCCCAGCCACGAUCUCCUGAGGGUCCGGCAGGAGGUGGCGGCAGCAGCUGUGAGGAGCCCCAGUGGCCUGGAAGUCCACCUGCCCUCAUCCACGGCAGGUCAGCGUCGAAAGCAGGGCCUGGCUCAGCACCGAGAGGGCACCGUGCCAGCUGGCACCCCAUCCUUCUCAGAGAGGGAGCUGUCGCAGCCGCCCCCCUUGCUGUCACCCCAGAAUGCCCCGCACAUCGCCCUGGGUCCUCACCUCAGGCCCCCCUUUUUGGGGGUGCCCUCGGCUCUUUGCCAGACCCCAGGUUACGGGUUCCUGCCCCCUGCCCAGGCGGAGAUGCUGGCCCGGCAGCAGGAGCUCCUGCGAAAGCAGAACCUGGCCCGGCUGGAGAUGUCGGCAGAGCUGCUGCGUCAGAAGGAGCUGGAGAGCGCGCACCGGCCUCAGCUGCUGGCGCCCGAAGCCGCCCUGCGCCCGUCUGAGGGCGCCGAAGAGUUGCAGCGGCGCGGGGCCAUGCUGGUGCUGAGACACAGCUCCGCGCCGCUGCUGGCCCUGCCCCCCCAGGGACCCCCAGGCCCCGGCCCACCCACCCCUCCCCGGGGGCCUGUCCGCGGAGCCCUUCGGAAGGGGGGCCCCAGCCCGGCCUCAGCCCACUCCAGUGAGUCCAAGGAGACCACGGGGGCUGGGCUCUGGGCACAAGAUGGCUCUGAGGAUGAGCCCCCCAAGGAUUCAGAAGGAGAGGACCCUGAGAUGGUGGCUGCUGGGGGCCAGGGCCCCAACCUGGGCCAAGCCCCAACUGGAGGGGCCAGCCCUGAGGGGAAGGGGCUUCUCUCAGGGUCCAUGCUGCCCCCUCCACUGCCCCUGGGCUUACCCUACGCCGUCAGCCCCUACUUCCACACAGGCACCAUGGGGGGACUCUUCAUGGAUGGGGAGGAGGCCACAGCCCCUGAGGACCUCAGCAAGUGGACAGUGGACGAUGUCUGCAGCUUUGUGGGGGGCCUGUCUGGCUGUGGAGAAUAUGCACCGGUAUUCAGAGAACAGGGGAUCGACGGGGAGACCUUGCCCCUGCUGACCGAGGAGCACCUCCUGACCACCAUGGGGCUGAAGCUAGGGCCUGCUCUCAAGAUCCGGGCCCAGGUGGCCAAGCGCCUAGGCCGAGUCUUCUACAUGGCCAGCUUCCCUGUGGCUCUGCCGCUGCAGCCACCGACGCUGCGGGCCCCAGAGCGGGAGCUCACCUCUGGGGAGCAGCCCCUGUCCCCAGCAAUGGCCCCCUCCCCCUAUGGGGGGGGGCACCCCCCUGCUGGCCGAGCCUCGCCCAAGCAAGAGAAUGGAACUGUGGCUCUGCUCCCCGGCCCCGCAGAAACCCCCCAGCCUCUGUGCUGAGCUGGUGGGUGAGCCACCCUGACCCCUAAGUCCUUCAGUGCCAGCAGCUGAUGCAAAAGACCCCACCCCACAGCUUACUUGCGUUUUGGAUUUGGAUGCAGAAACACAAAGAAUUUUUAAAAGGAAAAUGUGACUUAAGAGGAAAAGAGUUUUCAGAACUUUCUGGGGUGGCAGUACAGCCAGGUGCAGACAGCCUGGGGACCCAAACCUGAGCCCAGGCACGGGCACUCUGCAUCCUGGGUGCCUGCAGACAAACCACAGAAUGACAGAGGAGGCACGUCAUGCCACACUGGCCGCGGCCAUGCCUGCUCGCUCUGUCUAGCACUGGGACUGCUCCUUGCGAGGCUUUCCGCAUCCUGCCAUCGGGGGCAAGAGGUCGGGGCAGAGUCCCACUCCAGACCAGCUUCUCGCACAGGCUUGAUGUAUCUAACCCAACACUGGGGCGCAGCAGUAGACAGCCCCCACGGUGCUGGUUUCCAUCCCCACGGCCACUACUCCAGGGAUCUGUGCAGGGCUCGGUACUUUCUGGUCUCUCAUGUUGUAAAAAUAA